AAAAUGAAACCCGAAUUGGAGCGCAGAAGUUCAAUAAUGGCAGACGAGCGGAGGAAGGAUGCUUGCCGGCCAGCGGAUCAAUUUUUCGCAGGUGGUGUGAGCGCCAACCGCACUGAUUUUUCAAUCUCCAUCGACGACACCGAGCAACGGCGAAAGUGUACAUUUCUGCGGCUAACGGAGAAAUUCGCUGGCUAGCGGCUGAAAUUAAGAAUACUGAGAAUACUAGGACGCUGCGGCCGCAAAGGGAGGGCCGGAGGACACCUAGGGCUGGAAUGACGCGGCAGCAAAUCAACUGAAGUAAUCAAUUUACAUGCCACGUGGCAUAUCAAGAUUGGUGAACCGAAUGAACCGCACACAAGGAACUUGAUCUGAGUUGAUUCUCAACCACUCACCCAGAAUAUCAAAAUGGUCACCUGUUCUUUUCUAUCACUCUGGCAGAAGACUUUCUAAAGCCCCAACUUCUUCUUCUUCUUCCUCACGGAGAGAGAGAGAGAGCUCGAGAGAGAGAGAGAAAUGGGUUGUGGGAAUUUCUUCUACUCGCUAAUCAUAAGCUUCUCGGUAGCUCUGAUAACUUACAACAUUAUAAUCUCUGCAAAUGCUCCUUUGAAGCAAGAAUUCCCAAACCCAACAGAUUCAUCUGCAUCAUCAUCAUCCUCCCAUCGUGUUUUCUCAGUGGACCCCGUCAUCAAGAUGCCGGUUGAUAGGGCGAAAUCCAGUUCCACCAAGAGGCUGUUCCACACCGCAGUCACAGCCUCUGAUUCUGUGUACAAUACAUGGCAGUGUAGGAUCAUGUACUACUGGUUCAAGAAGUUCAAGGAUGGACCCAAUUCCGAGAUGGGUGGGUUCACUAGGAUCUUGCACUCUGGGAAGCCAGACAAGUUCAUGGAUGAGAUCCCCACUUUCGUUGCUCAGCCCCUUCCCGCUGGAACCGAUCAGGGUUAUAUAGUCCUCAAUAGACCUUGGGCAUUUGUUCAGUGGCUUCAACAAGCAGACAUUAAAGAAGAUUACAUUUUGAUGGCUGAACCAGAUCAUAUAAUUGUCAAGCCCAUACCAAACUUAUCAAGGGAUGGGCUUGCAGCCGCAUUCCCUUUCUUUUAUAUUGAACCUAGAAAGUAUGAGUCCACCCUUCGGAAGUUCUUCCCCGAGGAAAAUGGUCCAAUAACCAAUAUUGACCCUAUAGGGAACUCUCCUGUCAUUGUUGGGAAGGAAUAUCUGAAAAAGAUUGCUCCAACUUGGAUGAAUGUUUCCUUGGCAAUGAAGAAGGAUCCCGAAACAGACAAAAAUUUUGGUUGGGUGCUUGAAAUGUAUGCUUAUGCUGUUGCAUCUGCUUUGCAUGGUGUUGGUAACAUAUUGUUCAAGGAUUUCAUGAUUCAGCCUCCAUGGGAUGUUACUGUCGGCAAGAAGUUCAUAAUUCACUAUACUUACGGUUGUGACUAUGAUAUGAAGGGAAAGUUAACUUAUGGAAAAAUAGGAGAAUGGAGGUUUGACAAAAGAUCUUAUGAUAAUGCUGUGCCUCCAAGAAACCUUACACUGCCUCCACCUGGUGUCCCGCAAAGUGUGGUCACUCUAGUGAAAAUGGUGAAUGAAGCCACAGCAAACCUACCAAACUGGGGAGCUUGAAGAGGAGAUCAAGACAAGAAGCUGGCAUGGUCGAUGGUGAGGAUGGAAGCAAUCCAUAUGUCAGAAAAUGCCAUGUAUCUUGAACAAAAUGAUCUCCCCACACAUACACGCCCAAAUGUGGUGGGGAAAGCUUAAAUUUGCAAAUGUAAGGUUAGCUUGUCCUAUUUGCAUUGUUGCAUAUUUUGUACUGUAGCAUGAUCAUAGACAUAAUUUUCCUGGGUAUUAGGUUAUACCGUAUUGAGGAUAGAUAUUUCAAGAGAGAGACAAUAUACCAUCAGCACUUGGAUGUAACACUUGACAGAUUCUUGUAUGCAUUGCAGUUAUUUAGUGAUGUUUGUGAUUCUCUGUUAUCUUAUAACUAAUUUAAAUAAUGAUCAUGGUUGAUUUCAUAAA